UGAUAAGUCUCCUCACACACUUUAUUAGACUCUCUCUGACUUCACACAAACCGCAACCUCAGAAGCCGCAAUGGCCAACCGCGACCACACGCCGGAGCUCCUCUGUCUCGUCCACGACAUCGCCGGAAUGUGCGCCGGCUCCUCCUCCGUCGCCGCCGUCUUCCGCAAGGACUGCACCGAUCUCGUUCGCCGGAUCUCCCUCCUCACUCACUUGUUCGAGGAGAUUCAGGAACUCAACGACGUUGUCGAUUCCGAUUCCGCUUCCGCUUCCUCGUCGUCUUCGUCUUCUUCUUCUUCUUCUUCCGCUUCCGCUUCUGCUUCUUCCUGGUCCUCCGAUCUCGUCCUCGCUCUUCACUCCGCUCGGCGCUUGCUUUCCGUCGCUAGAAACUUCCGCUCCAAUUGUUCCUCUGAUGGAGCUGCCAAGACCAUUGUCUUCCAAUUUCAGUGUGUCACGUGGAAAUUGGAGAAACUGUUGAGCAAUUUGCCGUAUGACAGUUUGGACAUCUCGGAGGAAGUCAAAGAACAGGUGGAUUUGGUGAGAGCACAAUUGAGACGAGCCACGGAAAAAUACGGGUAUAUGAUUUCAAAGAUGCCUUCUCAUGAGUUAUCCCAGCCGCUGGCUGAAGAAAUUAGUCAGGUUCUUGGCAAAUCUGUGAAUGGAUUGUACAAACAACAUAGCUGUCCGGAAAAUUUAUCAGAACUAGACAGCAUUCCUGAAAACAAUGGGCAGAAAAGUUGCAGCACACAUCGGGCCGGAUCUCGCUUGGAAAGAGCAAGGAGCAUCCCUGCUUCUUCGGAAGUUUCCUUAAUGAAUGCCACUGAUCCUGAGAGUCAAGAAAUUUCUGAGACAAAGAAUCUACCUGAGGUUAAAAAGCCUGAAGCAAUUGUGAUUCCUGAAGAUUUCCUCUGCCCUAUAUCCUUGGAGCUAAUGAGGGAUCCUGUUAUUGUGGCGACCGGUCAGACAUAUGAAAGAUCCUACAUACAGAGAUGGAUAGAUUGUGGAAAUACAACAUGUCCAAAAACUCAGCAGAAGCUCCAACAUUUGACCCUUACGCCAAAUUAUGUUUUAAGGAGCCUUAUUUCUCAGUGGUGUAUAGAACACAACAUUGAGCAGCCAACAGGACUAACUAAUGGAAAACUAAAGAAGAGUGAUGGAUCGUUCAGAGAUGUUACAGGUGACAUAGCAGCAAUUGAAGCUCUAGUCCGGAAGCUCUCCAGCCGGUCUGUUGAGGAGCGUAGAGCAGCUGUUACUGAAAUUCGAUCUCUAUCCAAACGAAGUACUGACAAUAGGAUACUAAUUGCUGAGGCUGGAGCAAUUCCAGUUCUAGUCAACCUUUUAACUUCAGAAGAUGUAUUGACGCAAGACAAUGCAGUUACUUCAAUUCUCAACCUUUCCAUAUAUGAAAAUAACAAGGGACUCAUAAUGCUUGCUGGUGCCAUUCCAUCCAUUGUCCAAGUUCUCCGAGCUGGAACCAUGGAAGCAAGAGAAAAUGCAGCAGCAACCCUUUUCAGCUUGUCACUUGCAGAUGAGAACAAAAUAAUAAUUGGGGCUUCAGGAGCUAUACCCGCUUUGGUAGAAUUGCUCCAAAAUGGGAGCCCAAGAGGAAAGAAGGAUGCAGCAACAGCUUUGUUCAAUUUAUGCAUUUAUCAAGGGAACAAGGGAAGGGCCAUUAGGGCAGGGAUCAUCACAGCUUUGUUGAAGAUGCUUACAGAUUCAAGCAAAUCAAUGGUUGAUGAGGCCCUAACAAUAAUGUCAGUUCUAGCCAGCCACCAAGAGGCAAAAGUUGCUAUUGUAAAAGCCAGCACUAUACCAGUUUUGAUAGAUCUUUUGAGGACAGGAUUGCCUCGCAAUAAAGAGAAUGCAGCUGCUAUUCUACUUGCUUUGUGCAAGAGGGAUGCCGACAAUCUAGCUUGUAUAAGUAGACUUGGUGCUGUCAUACCUCUCACUGAACUUGCGCGAAAUGGUACAGAGAGGGCCAAAAGGAAGGCGACUUCAUUAUUGGAGCAUCUUCGGAAGUUGCAGCAACUUUGAAUGGUGUAGUUCUGCAAAGAACUUUAAGUUUCUUAUCUUCUCUCAUUAUUUGACAUAAUUUACCACACUGCGGUUUGCAAACUGAUCAUACGAGGGUGAAAUAAGAAAAGUCAGCCUCAUUGAUUCAGUUAUUCUUUACUUGGUUUGUUCUUUUUUAACCCAUGUAUGAGCGUGUAAAGAAAUCAAUUGAUAUAUUGUUUCCUUAUUAAAUUCUUACAGAAGUUUCCGUUUUCCUGUUAUUUGACCUGUCGGCCUGUUGAAAUUGUUAA